AUGGGCUGGCCAGCACACAAGACCGAGAUGCCACUCGCCCAAUCACCUACUCGGGCAAACGGAAUCCUUCUAAACUGUGGCCAACACCGACAACAACUGACCUUACCAAAACUCAUUCGAGAUUUGACCCAUUGUCACCAUUUCCCUCUUAAAUACCCUACAUGCCCAUCUAUCAUCUACCUCUCCUUGCCGUAAUGUUGCAUGCACCUUCCUUACUUCGUCAUUGCAAGCCUGCCUCAGUCCCACUCCUCCUAGUUACAUUACUGUGCUAUCCACAGUGACUUCACCCCUUGGUUUCUCACAAGAAUGUCAAGAUUUUCUUUUCCUUCACUCUUCAUUUUCUUGUUUCUAGUCUUGAUUGUGGUUUCUACUCCUUGUGAGGCCUCGUCUAGGACUAGGAGUGAUUAUUUGCAGAAUGAGUGCUUGAAAGUACCCAUUUAUGAAUUCGUGGGCUCUUUGAAAACCACUAUUGAUACUAUACGAGAUGUCACCUCUACCAUCUCAAAUUUUGGUAAUUUUGUGGGAAACUUUCGCCUCACCAAUGCUAUAACUGAUUGUCUUGACUUGCUGGACUUCUCUGCUGAUGAGUUGAGCUGGUCCCUGUCUGCCUCCCAGAAUCCCAAGGGUAAAAACAACAGCACUGGUGAUCUGAGUUCCGAUUUAAGGACAUGGUUAAGUGCUGCAUUUGUUAAUCAGGGCACAUGCAUUGAUGGAUUUGAAGGCAUUAGUAGCAUUCUCAAAAGCCUAGUGGCAGGUGGUCUUAACAAGAUCACUUCAUCAGUCCAACAGCUUCUAAAUAAGGUGGACUCAAAUCCAAAACCCAAUUAUGAUACUAAUGGAGUUGCCCUCGCUGGCAGAAAAAGUAGCCAAAAAGACAAAUUUCCCGCAUGGUUUAAGCGUGAGGACCGUAAAUUGUUAGUGAUAAAUGGAGUGACUGCUGAUGCAAUAGUAGCAGCAGAUGGAACUGGGAAUUUUACUAAGAUAAUGGAUGCGGUAUCAGCAGCACCUGAUUAUAGCAUGCGUCGCUACGUCAUAUAUAUUAAGAAGGGUUUUUAUAAUGAAUAUGUGGAGAUCAAGAAGAAGAAAUGGAAUCUAAUGAUGGUUGGUGAUGGUAUGGGUGUCACAGUAAUUUCUGGCAACAGGAGUGUCAUUGAUGGUUGGACCACCUUUCGCUCAGCAACCUUUGCUGUUAGUGGGAGAGGAUUCAUAGCUCGAGACAUAACUUUUGAGAACACUGCAGGUGCUGCAAAGCACCAAGCAGUGGCUCUCCGAUCCGAUUCUGAUCUAUCAGUCUUCUUUCGAUGUGAAAUUAAGGGAUAUCAAGAUACACUCUACACUCAUACAAUGAGACAAUUCUACAGGGAAUGUCGUAUUAGUGGGACUGUAGACUUCAUUUUUGGUGAUGCAACUGCUGUCUUUCAAAACUGCCAGAUUCUAGCCAAGAAAGGCCUAUCAAACCAGAAGAAUACUAUAACAGCUCAAGGACGCAAGGACCCAAAUGAACCAACUGGAUUCUCCAUCCAAUUUUGCAAUAUCUCAGCAGAUAUUGAUCUUUUGCCUUACACCAACUCCACAUACACAUAUCUUGGUAGACCCUGGAAAAAUUUUUCAAGAACUGUUGUUAUGCAAUCCUACAUGAGUGAUGUUAUAAGGCCACAAGGAUGGCUGGAGUGGAGUGGUGAUCAGUAUUUGGACACUUUGCAUUACGGGGAGUACUUGAAUUAUGGGCCAGGAGCUGGGCUAGCUAACAGGGUCAAAUGGCCUGGGUAUCAUAUUUUCAAUACUUCCAAUCAGGCCAAUAAUUUCACAGUUGCCCAAUUCAUUGAAGGAAACUUGUGGUUGCCAUCAACUGGAGUGAGAUACACUGCAGGUCUGCAGGUCUGAUGAAUGUUGGAUUCUUGGUUUCAACUAUAGUUGUUCAGUUUUUUCCUUUUUUUUUCCGUCCCUCUAA